AUCGCAUUCCCAAUUAGCAGUCGCCGGAAUCCAGUGACAGGUGGGUCGGCAGCCACAAUGCUGGCGUGCAAGUUCAAAGGGCAGCCAGGACGAUGACAAGUGGGCUUUUCACACUCAAAGUCGCGAAAAUAUAUGCACUUGCCAGCACACAGGAUACAUACAGACGGAGCGCAGGCAAAUCUGCUUUUAGGUCACACAAAAGGCUCUCGCAGCAUCAACAGGAGCGAGGACCACGGCGUUGCAAGAACGAACCAACAAGAACCAGGAAUUGAUGACACCCGAUUCGGGCCAAGCGAAUUGAACAGCAGUCGCGAUGCCCUCCCGUCGCGGUGGUGGUGGCACCACCAAGAGGAAGCACUCGCUGGGUAACCUGCGACGGGCUCAUCCUGCCUCCGGCGCCACAUGGAACGUCCAGGUGGUGCGCGGCAAGAUGUCCUCCAAGUGCCUGUGGCACGCCUGUCGCGCCUUGAUUCUGGGCCUCACCCUGAUGCUUCUCGGCGCCGGAAUGGCCACUCUGGGCUACUAUGCGGAUCACCUAUCGAUGGGCUCCGAGUUGCGGGGCAAUGUCACGGUGCGGGUGAAGAACGACCUGAAGGGCUUCCACCUGAACAACUUCGCGUACGUGGGCCCCAUUGUCAUGGGUUUCGGCGGCUUCAUCGUGGUGGCCUCCUGCGUGAUGACCUUCGAGGCCCGGGACUCCGCCGCUAAGGUCGUUCCAGCACGAUUGAGAGCUGGAGCAGGGGGCAGCAGCAAGAAUCCCUCGCGGAGCAACCAGGGCAGCUCCGCGUCACAGCGUCGCGGGAUGGGUGCGCAGUACCAGUCGAGUCGCUGGGACCAGCACUUCGGGGUGUUCCGCUCCUCGCCGGGCGAUCCUCACCAGCAGCCGCAGACCGCCUGCAUCUCCACCACGCAUCCGCAUCAGCACUCACAUCCGCAGCAGCCAUUCGAUCGCGAGGCACUCACCGCCGAACUGGUCCAGUUCUCCAGGUCACUCAGCAGUGUGCGCCGAGUGCGCCAAGUGCGUCCGGGCUUGGGAGCGGGAUCGCAUCCAUCCGGAGGAGGAGGCGGAGGAGCUGGCUCCUCUUCGUCGGCCCGGAUCAUCAGCAAUUCCUCCAGCCUGAUCCAGAGGGCCACCAGGGAGUGCUCCCUGCUCCAGCCCCCAGCUGCCAGUCGAGUCUACUGGCAGGCCUCCUCCUUUGACGGCGGCAGCAAUCCUCCGCCCGGAUUGGGCAUGAGUUCUGGCGCCGAGAAGCGCAGUGAGCGGAACAAGCGCUCGGACACCGCCAAGCGGCACGUCCUUUCCCGGCAACGACCCAUUGAGCAGGAGGAGGCGCGGGAUCACAGUCGCAGUCCGCUGGGACACAGACGGAACUCUACCAUGUCGGACUCCUCGUACAGCGGCCGCUGGACGGCUCGCUGUGCUUCCAUCGCCAGUCGAACAUCCAGUAUCGAGUCUCGGCGCGUUCAGGUGGAUCUUCAUAGUCCCGAGGUGAUGCCAAAAUCCAUUCUCCGUUCGCCCAAGCGCUACAGCUCCGGUCCAUCGGCCACGCCCUCCGUGGAGAAGGAGUUUCGGAGUCAGUUAUCCGUAUGCUCAGAGCCACCACCCCCGGUGCGACAGCUGUCGUGCCAAUCCAGCAUGGAGCCAGCCGUUCCCGAGGAAAGUUUGGAUCAGUCGGAGGAGCAGGAGGAGACCACACAGCCCAAGACGUCCUACGAGGAGAUCACCGAGCUACAGCACCACACGAGCAGCUUGCCGCCGAAAAAGGCUCGUCCGGGAUUCCUGCCCAUCGCGCGCAGCGAGCAGGAGGAAGAUGAGAGGCCAGUGGCCAAUCCGCUAUACAGGAGCAAUAGUUCCCGCCAGUUCUACAGACCCAAAAAGGGGGUGCCGAACGAGCGGGAUGAUUCCGUUUUCUACAUACGGUCCAUGGAAAGGGGAUUGGCUGGAAACGGUGGGUGUGGCAGUGCGGAUGAGCAGAUGUACGAUUCACUGAGGGUCAUAAAUGAGCGGAGGACCACUUUGCUGAAAGCCGACUCCCAGAGCUCCUUGGGAUCCGCGGAGCGAAAGUUGAGCAGCUUCUCCCUCAAAAUGCCGGAGAUCACGGAGCGGGAGAACUCUAUUGAGAUCGAAAUAGAUGCGGAUGAACUGCAUCCCACUGCCCCGCCCUCUCCUCCCCCACCUCCUCCUCCCCCACCGGGCAAUCCACAAGCAACUGAAUCAAUCCAGGAUCAGGAUCCCUAGGAUCGAAUGAUACAUCCACUUCAUAGCGUUUAACUAGCAGCCAUCGACAAUUACUUUAGCAACUCGAUUGAUGUUUGUAUAUGUAUUUUUGUGCGUGUGCGUGUCGUUUAUUUUUAUAACCCCUAGAUCGUACCUAGAUAAGUGUUAUAUAUAUACCAGCAAUUAUCUCUGUGUUGCCUCGGGCCUAAGCAAUCAACUAACGAAUCUUCAACGACGUCUAUUAACUUGAUAAACUGAUGUUAUUAAACGAAUAACUUCAGUUGCGAUCGAAAUAAUUACAGGUGUUACAGAUCUAUAGUUUUCAAUAUUCAAAGAGCUACAAAAUCAAACCAUCUCUGUGACUCAAAACAUCUUGAAAAACACAUUGACAUAUUAUUUUGAUCGCAGCUGUCGGCACUAGUCUUCCUAUUGUUAGAAUAUGAGAUAUAUCACGUUAUUACGAUCCCAUAUCUUGGGUUACUGUUACUGUUAAUGCUAAUCUCUACGAGGAUGUGUACUCACAACGAUCUAAUUACGAGGGCGAGGCCAAAUAAAUGCCAGAUUUGCGCAUACCCUGUAAAAAGUACAAUCAGCUUAUAGUAAAGACUGAUUAGGCAAAUUGAUUUACGAAAUUGGUCAACGGCGAAUGGAAAGGAUGUCAAUGAAAAGCAAUCGGAACACGGAUUAAGUUCGAUACACAUAUAUGAUUAGUUCUACGCUUUCUCAGUGUUAAUCCCCACAUAACAACAUUAUAUGUACCUAUACGAUUAUAGAUCUGAGUGUUUAUUUGUAAUACAUGCAAUUA